GAUAUGGGGGCUUGGGCUGGGUCAGGGUGGGCUCAGUGUAGGGUCUUGGUGGGGUCAGGACUGGGUCAAGAAGGGGUCAUGGCUGGGUCAGAGAGGUAGAGGGAGAAGCAUGAAUCAGAGCAUGAACUCAGGGUGUAGAGGCCCCAAGGUAGUCUGUUGGUGUGUGGGAGGGACCCUGUGAAGUCCAGCGUAGCUGGAGCGGAUCAAGCCUCUUCCUGGGAGGAGGACCGCAAGUUUGUCCUGCGGGGCUGGUGUCUUGUCUUCAACAUCCUGGCGACCCUGAUGCUGCUCAGCGUGUUGGAUGGGCGUAUGGCCUACCUGCAGGGCUCCUACACUGGCUACCUGGGCCUCUGGACCAGCUGCGGGAAGCACAAGUGCGCCAGCCUGGGCCAAGUCACCGUUCUCAUCCACAUGAGCACGGGCUUCAUGAUCCUGGCCCUGACCCUGUGUCUGGUCCUCCUCCCGGCCAUGGGCUUCUCCUUCCGGCCAGUGUUCCGCCGCCUUAACAAGGCGGACCUGAUCUUCAGUUCCCUCAGCUUUUGCAUCGGGCUCCUGGUUGUCCUCAGCCUGACACUCUUUGUAGCCAACUGCGAGACGCUCCAACCGAGGCCACAGGUAUCCUACCUGGUGACCACCUACCUGUGCUGGGGCGCCGGCGCCGUGACGCUGGGGGCCGGAACCCUGAGCUACUUAAACUACGUGGGCAUGUGGGGCAAAAAGGGGCCCUCCAUGGAGCAGCGGCUGAACCACCGGCGGUGCGUCUCGCAGCAGAGCACCCUGAAGUUCAUGUCCGAACAGCAGCGGUCAGACCCAGACUCGAAGAGCACCGAGGAAGAGCCCAGUUCACUUCCUCCCCAAGAACCCCCGUCUAAGCCUCUCUAAGCAAUUGCACCCGAGCUUCUCAGGACACUGACGCCUCACCGCCGCCAGGUGCCGGGCCCACCCAUUUCAUCUUGGCCACGCGCCCGAGACUAGACUUCCCUGGAGGUCCCACUCCCUAAGAACCCCCCGAGAACAGGUGACAAAGCCCCACCCCUCGAGCCAGGGCCCUCCUUUGGCGGCUCGGUUCCCGCUCAGUCCUCACCCUGCCCCCACCCCGGAAGUCCAACACCGCCCCCUCCAGUUCUGCACUCCGCCUGUGCUGUGUGGCCUGUUGGUGUGGCCCCGCCCCCGAGCCUAGCUAGGCCCCGCCCCCAGGUGUCCAGCCGUCGCUGGCCGCGGCCCGAAGCCGCACUUCAUCAUAGGAAUUCCUACCUCUCCGAGGGCCAGCACCGCCCCAGGAUGUCCAGUCUUGACCCGGGCCGACACGACACUGCCUAGCCUUUGAUGUAGCCACGCUCCUCGGCGGAACAGACCCCUCCCCAGGGAGGUGUGGCUUGCAAUUAUACCCCCCGCCCCUUCCUGGCUUCCCUGCCACAAUAAAACGUGGGCCCUAUCUCUCAGAGUCCGAGCCUCCGUUUCAUGCUCUCCCCCAGGGCAGAGUGGGGCUCAGAGUUCUUGCCUUGUCCUUUGGGGUCUGAGCCUUUCUCUGCCUCUUUGUCCACACCUGCCUCUGAUCCUUCCUUUCCCCUCUGAUCAUAACUGCACAUCUCCCGCCGAGAGAGACCGGGAGGGCUGGGGAGGCUCUAGUCUGGGCCGGAUGGGUCCCGAGUUCCCAGGUGUCUAGCGUCUGGAAGGCCAA